AUGCCCUACACGCGUUUGGCCGCGUUCGUGUUGACCGUGGCGUGCGGCUGCGCCGUCGAGCUGGAGGGGCUGUACGGGGCGCGGGGCGGCAACCGCGUCACGCUGUGCAUGGCGCCCGGCGCCAGCAGGGACGCGUGCGCCGGCGUCAUCUGGCAGCGCCACUGGCUGCUGGUGCGCGGCAGCUGCGUCGCAGAGAGGCCGCUGUUCCGCGCGCUCGUGCUGAGGACCAGCGACGCCGCCUGCGACGCCAUCGCGCCCGACGAAAAGGUCUCCGGGUCGCGUAAAGUGAGAGCGCGCUUCUUGCACACGUCGUACCCGCAGACAGACGUCGCGCUCAUUUGCUUGGACAGGCCGUACGAUGCCCUGGAUCCUGUCCGCAACGACAGCAACGCUGCUCUCUACAAAUUGGAGCCAUGGCUAUCAGACACUUUCAACCAGUAUCUCCUCACUACACCAAGAGCACAAUCUAUCCAUGAGCACCGAGAUAUGAUUUUCUCAUCACCUGUAAAAAUGUUUGUGACUACUGUCGUCCUACCAUUGACCAGUUUCAUAGUGUUCUUCCUUUUCAUCACUUUCUUCACAGGCUCCAACAAAAGUACAGUGACAUAUAAAAGCCUUCAUAACGAUAAAGAUGGUAAUUUUGCA